AUGGAACAAGAUGACUAUAUGAUGAAUUACGGGGCUGACCCAACCGAACAAAAUAAGGGGUCAGGACCUGAUUCAAAUGACCCAACAGUUAUACAACAGGACCCAACAGUAUUGGAUCCGACUGUAUUGGAUCCCACGGUCAUUGCGACUAAAACAAGAAGACCUCAAGUAAAGUUGACCUCUGAAAAACUGUUAAGCGAUCCAGGACUACCAUUUGUGAUGAAACAUGCACCUAAAAGGAUACGGAUAUCAACAAGUCGGAAAUCUGCACAACGAAACUUGUCUAACAUUGUUCAAUUUUAUCAACUUUGGGCUCAUAAUCUGUUUCCAAAGGCUAAAUUCAGGGAUUUUAUUAAAUUGUGUGAAACUUUAGGUAAGACUGAUAAAAGUUUGAAGGAAUAUAGGGCUAAUUUAUAUAGGGAGGAUAUGGGGAUUGAUCCUGUUGGAUAUACAGAGGAACAUGAUGACAAUCAUAACACAAGUUCUGCUACAAAUAAUGAUACUGAACACGAUACAAAUUCUAUGCCAAAUAGAGAACGUUCGUUAUUUGUUAACCAGGAUUCAAUUAGUAUACCCACAGAGAGUGCCAUAUCGCAAGACACACCUAUACUAUCAACCAAUGAUAUAGCCACUACCCGAACAGAAAACAAUAGGAAGAGUGAUAAUGAUGAUCUUGAUGAUGAUGAUGACGACUUAUACUCAAUAUCAGCUAUUAGCAGUAAAAGAAUAAUUAUCAACGAAAAUCACGAAACGGAGGAAACUAAUUCCAGUUCAACUGGUUCUAAUUUCGUACCAACAGAAAAUAUGCCUUCUCAAAUUGAGCUUGAUGAAAUGAUGCACGAAAUGACGAACAUAGAGCAACAAAACUCUGGCUUCAACUCUACAAACAAGGAAAAAACUGCAGAAAAUCAGUACUCUGAUGAUGAAGAGGCUCUAAAUGAGAUAGAAAAGGAAUAUAUGAAUGAAACUAUGAAUGACAUGGGUGGUUAUGGUUUUUAA